AUGAACGUUUCAAGAAUACUUGUGUCGCCUACUGUCACAGCAAAUGUUUUGCGCAUAUUUGCUCCCAGGCUACCUCAAAUCGGUGCUUCUUUGCUAGUUCAAAAAAAAUGGGCCUUAAGAUCAAAGAAGUUUUCUCGUUUCUAUUCCCAAAAGGUUAACGAUGAAAUGCCUUCAAAGAAAGGAGUGGAUAGUACCGGAAAGGCGCCCGAUAAAUCUACAACUUCUUCGAUUGACAAUGCCCCACCACCACCGCCACCGAACACUAAUGAUAAAACCAAACAGGCGAAUGUAGCUGUGUCGCACGCCAUGCUGGCAACUAGGGAACAAGAGGCUAACAAAGACUUAACUAGUCCUGAUGCACAAGCAGCUUUUUACAAGCUUCUCUUACAAUCAAACUACCCCCAAUACGUAGUGUCCAGAUUUGAGACCCCUGGUAUUGCAUCAUCACCUGAAUGUAUGGAACUGUACAUGGAGGCCUUGCAAAGGAUAGGCAGACACUCGGAAGCUGAUGCCGUUAGACAGAAUUUAUUAACAGCCAGUUCUGCUGGGGCAGUUAACCCAUCAUUGGCGUCAUCUUCAUCGAAUCAGUCAGGUUAUCAUGGUAACUUUCCAUCAAUGUAUUCUCCACUUUAUGGGUCUCGAAAAGAACCACUGCAUGUUGUCGUAUCUGAAUCAACCUUUACUGUCAUAUCAAGAUGGGUAAAAUGGCUGCUAGUUUUUGGUGUCUUGACCUACUCUUUCUCUGAAGGUUUUAAAUAUAUCACAGAAAAUACAACACUACUGAAAUCAUCAGAAGUAGCCGACAAGUCUGUUGAUGUUGCCAAGACAAAUGUCAAAUUUGAUGAUGUAUGCGGUUGUGAUGAGGCCCGUGCAGAAUUGGAAGAAAUUGUUGAUUUCCUGAAGGAUCCAACCAAGUACGAGUCCUUGGGUGGUAAAUUACCAAAGGGUGUACUAUUGACCGGACCUCCUGGUACAGGUAAAACUUUAUUGGCCAGAGCCACUGCCGGUGAGGCUGGUGUAGAUUUCUUCUUUAUGUCAGGUUCUGAAUUUGAUGAAGUUUACGUCGGUGUUGGUGCUAAGCGUAUCCGUGAUUUGUUCGCUCAGGCACGUUCUCGUGCCCCAGCCAUUAUUUUUAUUGAUGAAUUAGACGCUAUCGGUGGUAAACGUAAUCCAAAGGACCAAGCUUAUGCUAAGCAAACGUUGAAUCAGUUAUUGGUCGAGUUAGAUGGUUUCUCGCAAACAAGUGGAAUUAUUAUUAUUGGUGCCACCAAUUUCCCUGAGGCUUUAGAUAAGGCGUUAACUAGACCAGGUAGAUUUGACAAGGUCGUGAAUGUGGAUUUGCCAGAUGUUCGUGGUCGUGCUGAUAUUUUGAAGCAUCACAUGAAGAAGAUCACAUUGGCAGAUAAUGUAGAUCCAACUAUUAUUGCACGUGGUACCCCAGGCUUAUCAGGUGCAGAGCUGGCAAAUUUAGUCAACCAAGCAGCAGUGUAUGCUUGUCAGAAGAAUGCAGUCUCCGUUGAUAUGUCGCACUUUGAGUGGGCUAAGGAUAAAAUCUUGAUGGGUGCUGAGAGAAAAACUAUGGUUUUAACAGAUGCAGCUAGAAAGGCCACUGCUUUUCACGAAGCUGGACAUGCCAUCAUGGCCAAAUAUACCAAUGGUGCUACACCCCUAUACAAGGCUACGAUAUUGCCCAGGGGUAGAGCACUAGGUAUUACUUUCCAAUUGCCAGAAAUGGAUAAGGUCGACAUCACCAAAAGAGAGUGUCAAGCUAGGCUGGACGUGUGCAUGGGGGGGAAAAUUGCCGAAGAAUUAAUUUAUGGUAAAGAUAACACCACAAGUGGUUGUGGGUCCGACUUGCAAAGCGCUACCGGCACAGCAAGGGCUAUGGUUACUCAAUAUGGUAUGAGUGAUGAUGUGGGGCCUGUUAAUUUGUCAGAAAAUUGGGAAUCUUGGUCUAAUAAGAUCCGUGAUAUUGCUGAUAACGAAGUGAUUGAACUUUUGAAGGGCUCCGAGGAAAGAGCAAGAAGGUUAUUGACUAAGAAAAAUGUUGAGCUUCACAGACUUGCACAGGGUCUUAUUGAAUACGAGACACUAGAUGCUCAUGAAAUCGAACAAGUUUGUAAGGGUGAAAAGCUGGACAAACUUAAAACCUCCACCAAUACGGUUGUGGAAGGUCCGGAUAGUGACGAACGUAAAGAUGUAGGAGAUGAUAAGCCCAAAAUUCCUACAAUGUUAAAUGCAUGA